CCGCCGCGAGAGCCGCGUUGGGCGAAGUCGGCGAAAAGUUGGCGGCGGCGGCGGCGGCGUCCUCCGCUUUGUCCCGGGCCGAGCCCGGCCGCGCCUGGUCCCGCGCCGCCCGCCCGCCCGCCCGAGCCGGGGAGAGAGCCGAGCCGUCCGGUGGGCGAGGGCUCGGCGCCGCCGGGGGAAGGCGGCGGCGGUCUCCAGUCCCGGCCUCCCGGCGCCGGCCAUGUCGUCCAUCCUGCCCUUCACGCCGCCCAUCGUGAAGCGGCUGCUGGGCUGGAAGAAGGGCGAGCAAACCGGGCAGGAGGAGAAGUGGAGCGAGAAGGCGGUGAAGAGCCUGGUGAAGAAGCUGAAGAAGAGCGGGCAGCUGGACGAGCUGGAGAAGGCCGUCACCACGCAGAGCGCCGCCACCAAGUGCGUCACCAUCCCCAGGUCGCUGGAUGGCCGGCUGCAGGUCUCCCAUCGAAAGGGUCUCCCACACGUCAUCUAUUGCCGGCUAUGGCGGUGGCCAGACCUUCAUAGCCACCAUGAGUUGCGCGCCAUGGAAAUGUGUGAAUACGCAUUCAACAUGAAGAAGGAUGAAGUCUGUGUGAAUCCAUAUCACUACCAAAGAGUGGAAACACCAGUAUUACCUCCAGUUUUGGUCCCACGUCAUACGGAAAUUCCAGCCGAAUUCCCUCCACUCGACGAUUACAGCCAUUCCAUUCCUGAGAAUACAAAUUUCCCAGCUGGCAUCGAACCUCAGAGCAACUACAUUCCAGAGACACCCCCUCCCGGAUAUCUGAGCGAGGAUGGAGAAACCAGUGACCAUCAAAUGAAUCACAGUUUAGAUGCAGGUUCUCCAAAUUUAUCUCCAAAUCCAAUGUCUCCUGCACACAGCAAUCUGGAUCUCCAGCCAGUCACCUAUUGUGAACCAGCCUUCUGGUGUUCCAUUUCCUAUUAUGAGCUCAACCAGCGAGUGGGAGAGACAUUCCACGCUUCUCAGCCCUCAAUGACCGUGGAUGGUUUCACGGACCCCUCAAAUUCAGAGCGCUUCUGCCUCGGCCUGCUUUCCAAUGUCAACCGCAACGCAGCAGUGGAGCUCACCCGGCGGCACAUUGGGAGAGGAGUGAGGCUGUAUUACAUUGGAGGGGAAGUUUUUGCCGAGUGCCUUAGUGACAGUGCCAUAUUUGUCCAGUCCCCCAACUGCAACCAGCGCUAUGGCUGGCACCCAGCUACCGUGUGCAAGAUACCACCAGGGUGUAACUUGAAGAUAUUUAACAACCAGGAAUUUGCUGCCCUCCUGGCUCAGUCGGUCAACCAGGGCUUCGAGGCCGUCUACCAGCUGACGCGCAUGUGCACCAUCCGGAUGAGCUUCGUCAAGGGCUGGGGGGCCGAGUACAGACGCCAGACGGUCACAAGCACUCCCUGCUGGAUCGAGCUCCACCUGAACGGCCCCUUGCAGUGGCUGGACAAGGUCUUGACGCAGAUGGGCUCCCCAAGCAUCCGCUGCUCUAGCGUGUCUUAAAGGAUGCGGAAGGUGGAAUCGGGUCAAGUCUUGCGUAGGGACAAAAGAGGUCAGCCUCCUGCCUGACAGUGUACAAAAUACAGAAUGGAAAUGAGCAUUUAGGGUAGCGGCUGUGUCCUUCCAAGGCCCGGCCUUCUCUUCUGUUCAGUGAAAGGUUUUGUUUUGGCCUCCUGGACAGGAGCAAAGACUUCAUCGUAAGUGUUCAUGUGUUCGGAGGAUCCACUCCCAGCUUUGUGAUGCCCAGGCGGGUCCCACAUGGGCUACUGGAGGAGACCCUUGGCUCCAUUGGCAGCUUGGAUUUCUAAUUUAGGACAGGCAGGCUGUGGCUGAUGGGCUUUAUAACACAGGGUGGCACCUGGCAGCAAUUCUUGGGAGGCUAGAGAGCAAGGAAAUGGUUCUGUCUCCUCCUAGCCCUUCCUCCUUCCUACCUCUUCAUGGAAGAAUUUCCACAGUACCAAGACAUCUUCUAACGUUUCUUUUUGAGCCUCCACCUGGGCAACUGGAUGUUUUUCUCUGCCAACCCUUUGCUAACGUGGAGAGGAGGAGAUUUUCCUCCUCAUCUGCAGCCCGGAUUGAUAAGCUGCCAUUAAUUGAAGAUGUCUGGCCCCAAAGAAGGAGCUGCCUCAUCUCGUACAUGGAAACGGUUGCUCGAACUGACCCUGCGAUGAUCUCAGAGCUAAGACCUCCAGUGUUAAAGGCAAGUGUCCCCAGCUCAUCCCUCGUCCUUCAGGCCAUAUUUUAAGAUUGCUUCUCCUUGGGACUUCGUUGGAUCUUGCCACUUCCUCCGUGCUGUCCUGCUGGGCUCAUGAUCCUGUCUUCUCAAGAACCUCUGAAGGAGAAACUUCCAAAGCUGCCUGUCAAAGCAUCAGUUGGAAGGGAAGAAGACAGAGACACCCAGAGCUGUUCUGGAGCAAAAUCAGCCAGGAGAAACUGAACAUGCCUUCCUUAUCAAUAGAAUCUCCUUGGUCAUUUGACUCAUCUGCCAAAUCGGAUCUUUUCCGUCCAUAAAAUCGGAACAGCCUGACCACAGCACAGCUCCAAGAUGAUUUAAUUGACAUUACUAUUUUGAUUCUUGUAACUAAGCAAACAUCUGUAAACAUAUUUGGAGCCAUGCUUACUAUUCUUCAAAGCAGUUGUGUGUGGGUGUGUGUAUGUGUGCAAGGGUUCUAUAGUGGCCAGUAAAUCUGGUUAAUAUGCUUCUUGAUUGUGAGGGUGAAAUCUGCCUGCGGUGUCUUUGUGAUCAGAUUCAGAAGUAAAUGUUAUUCAUACCAGCCAAUCCAUCUGGAAUUAUGCAGAAAUUUGGACCUGUUUCUAGAGUCUCAAGUCUUUAAAAAAAACAAAAAACCUCAGCAACCAGUCCCCAAAAGCUGAGACUCCAUUAUUUUUCCUCCGAAUUAAGCAGAUUUUAACUAAAACCUAAAAAGCUAAAAUAAUACUGAAGAACACAAUUUGAAAAAACCUCAUGGUAAAGAAUAAUUUAACUGUAUUGAAUGAAUUGUGUGUUUGUCCAACUUGGUCUAGUGGCAAAUGUUUGGGAAUGCUGAUAAGAAAUACCAUUUAAAUUUCAGAUUAACGUUGAGUAUUAAUCUUGUCGGCCUUCAGAAAGAGAAACGGCUGCCUCAUCACGUAAAAUGAUGGAGGUUCCUUGGAAAAGGAAGACCUUAAAAUGGCUUGUUCUCAAUCUGAGUAAUAUAGGAGUAGCAUCUGAAAGCCCAUUGGGGUUUUUUUAGGGUUAAGUUCACCUUUCAGUAUCAGAGGAAUGCCAGAGUUGUCUAUAAAGAUUCAGAGUAACUUUAACCCUAACCAUACGACAAUAUACAGUAUGGAAUAUUUGAAUUUCAGAAAUACUUUUAAAUAAUUCAAGGACAGAAAACUUGCAGUAUGUGUGUGGUGUGCAUGCUUUUUGUAAAAAAAAAAAAAAAAAGAUAUAGCAGGGGUGGCUGGUAGAACAAUCAAUCCAAAGACAUUUUUGGAGGCUUUUUUAAAAAUGUGAUCAGUGUAGAUUUUUUAGGCACCCAGGAUGAAAUAUUUUGCUCUGGGUUCUGUACAGCUUUAAUCAAGUAGCCACAGGUAUGUUCCAGCUUACUGGGAAAAACUCUUGCUGUUUUCACUGACCUUGUUUCCUCCAGAUAUGCUGGGCAUGAGCUCAUAUUGUCUCUGGGAGUUCUGAGCAUUCUAGCCUGUUGGAUAAUUUUAAGGCAGCUAGGUCCCUUAUGGUGAAAACUUAAUUUUGGGGGGCAGGGAAUUCACUUUUCAGAUUGUCUCCUUGAAACACUACAUUUUAUACUAGUUUGAGAGGCCUUUUUACGUUGAAGGAUCUGGUCAUCCAACCCAAUUAUAAUUGGAUGGUGCGGCUCUCCCGGAUCAAUCACGUAGGCCAGUGUUUCUCAACCUUGACAAUUUUAAGGUAUGUGGACUUCAACUCCCAGAAUUCCACAGCCAGCAUUGCUGGCUGUGGAAUUCUGGGAGUUGAAGUCCACAUGCCUUAAAAUUGUCAAGGUUGAGAAACACUGACAUAGACAUAUUCUGUUUUUGAUAACUUAUUCAUUGCUGGAUGGACAAAUUAUGGAUAGCCCAUGUGAAUCUGCAAAUGAACAGUGAAGAAAAUUUUAAAAGAUAGUUUAAAAUACAUAGAUAUAUAUUUUCUUAUUCAGCGUAUUAGUCACUUUGCGCAAGUCAGAUUUUAUUUCUUGAGAGUUCCUUUUUGUAUUCAGUGCUCCGUGAUGAGUCUACUGGAUAAAUCAUUUCCCUGCCCAUAAAUCUUUCCAUUGCUAGCACGUGCACGGGGAAAAACUGAGGCACGAUCAGCAUUUUCACAAACAGGAGACGUUUCUCUAGAAAAUGUCUCUGGGCUUCUACGUUCAGUGACGAGGGAACAUUUUCUAUAGAUUGCAAACCUUGCUUCAUUCGGCCUGGGACAUCAGACCACCAAAAUGCCCAUGCAAUAUAGUUCAGCAAAAUUCUCAGAAGCAGUCUAACUUUUUAAAAUUUCAACUGAACUCUUUGCCCUAUAGAUAAAAGUGGGAAUGCUUGUAGAAGAUCUUAUGCAAGCCAGAUAAUCUUGUGAAAUUAAAAAUCCCACCCUAAGAUUGUGUUUGUUGAUUAUGCUAAAUUAUAGCGUACCUUAUUUGAUGCUUCCCAAACUUGGGUAAAUUACCCCAAAUUGGGUAAAAGUGGUUUUCUUUGGAAAACAACACAUGAACCUAACAGGGACAUUUAAAUAAGGACUUUCUGAUAAAGAUGUUUUGGGUAAAGAAGAUAAAGUUUGGGAAGCACUGGUUUAGGAUAUCCAAACCCACCCAUUGGGGCUUAUUCAACAAAACAUAGUUUUGCUGUAUAUGUGAACUCACCCAGGCUCUAUUCAAGUAUAAACAGAAAAAAAUACUCCCAAUUUGAUGUUGGGUAUUAUAUUGAUGUUUCAAAUUAGAUUUUUAAAUGCCCAGAAACUGCCAUAAAAUACUAUAUACUUAAGUGCAUUUAAUUUUCCACGAGCUGCACUCAUAGAUCUGCUAGAAAUGUUCUUUGUGCCUUGUUAAAGGUUGCCUGGAAGAAAUCUGAAACAGUGCAGAGAGGCAUCCAGUUCUAGCUUCCUGGGCUUAUUAGUUGGGGAAACAGGUGUCAAGUCAGGUAAGCUAUUGCUCAGGUGUGGAUCUGACCUCUUUCAGGUCUUGAGUGGGACCUACUAGUGUCGGGCUGCAUUGGUUACACCAAGCCAUAUGCUUCGACUUAAGUUGAUAUAUUCUGCAAACUUACUAAUCAUAGUUCAGUCAACAAACUCUGAUUAAGCAUUACAUAGCAUAGACAUAGGUGAACCCAAUCUUGUUCUGCAGAUAAAAGCCAACUAAAAAACUGCAGGGCAGACUUUUGUCUGACCUGCUUCUUGCUACCUGAAAUGGAAAUUUGCAAAACAAAGCCAUACAACGUGAAACUCACACAAGUGCCAAAAUCUUGAAGACUCCUCAUUGGAAUAUCUAGAGCUGGACUUUAAAGAAAGACUUGGUUACUUCGCAAGCGGUGCAAGUAUAUUCUUAAAAGGAACCUGGAAGCAUUACUGGAUAGAAAAGUUUUGCUCUACUGACCAGAUGUCCACGAGAAGAGCACAAGAAAUGCCUCGGGCAAUAUUGUGCAAAGUAUAGGAUUGUUAAGAUAACCACGUACGUCUCCCUGUCCCCUGCCCUUUCAGGUUUACAUCGAUUCAAGCUCAACAAAGUUUGGGGGAGCCUGGAGCCCAUUUGUUGCUCCGGAGAAGAUGCUUCGGGCUUUUGUUGAUGGUUGAAAGUAACGUUGAAACGCCCCUCCCGGCUGCUCUUCUCCUAAACACGAUUCUUUGCUUGGGCCUUGGCAGUGGUGUGCCAUCCCAUGUGCCGCAUUUGAAGCCUUGAAUGACGACCACUCCAAUUCCUCUUUGCAGCAGGUGAAACGAACUCUCUUGGGAUUCACAGGUGCUGAUCUGCUAGUAAUGCCUUUGUGGCUCCCUGCCACAUACAGCUUGUUUUGGGGCUGGGCUCGUUCAGUCUGAAGCUCUUGCCCCAUGCUGUUGGGUGAUGCAGUGAGCACAUGCAUCUGCCUGCCAAACCAUGCGGCUUCUGAACUUUUAAUCUGUGCAGGACCUUAGAUGCAGCAUUGACCCUAUGACUGGAAUCUCCUCCUUCAUCUCCUCAGUGGAUUGAUCAGGAGCUGACCUGGACUCUUUUACCUUACGCAGCUGCUGGCUGGCAUGUCCAGACGGCCAGGAUGCACUCGGGAUUUUACUGACUUUAAUAAAACUUUUUUUUUCCUUGUAUGAUAAUGAGCCAAAUCGCAGUGUGCAUUGUUUUCAUAUUGAGCUUUCUAAAGACCCUCGGGAACAGCAUCCUCAUGUCACAAAAGGACUGAAAAUGGGCUGGUUGGUGGUUUUAAGAGAAAAGAGGCUGCUGGAAGCUUUCCAGCAAAAGGACACAAAGAGUAAAAAUUCAAGGAUGAUUCUGCAGAGUUGAAGAACUGUUGAAAGCUGUGCUGAGAUCAACUACUGGAUGAUCAGGCUGGUUGGGAGCGGACCGGGCAGGAGGCUGGCUGUGUUCUGGAUGGGCAGGAAUGUCGGGGCUUCUAAAAUUGAGCUCCGUGCUUUUAAAUCCCCAAGAGGCCGGCAGAACCAGAGUUUAAAAUGUUCUAGGGUAGGGUAAGAAAUGAUUAGCCCCACCAGCAGGAAGGUGUGAUUAAAAUGUUUUAGGUAUAUAUUUAUUUAUGCAACUAAUGUAGUAGCCAGAUUCCCUCAGAUGCUUCUCAACUUCAAGAGUUGGGGAAAGAUUUGACAGAGGUAUAUAGUCCGAUGUAGAUUCAGACAAUAAAAUAACAUAUGAGACAGAGGUCAGUCCAUCCAUUUUUCUCAGGAGCAAAGCACUUAAUUUCUUUUGGAUUGGCUUGCACCUGUUCACCUGCUUCACUGUUGCCUUGGAUAACCAACACUCUUAGGGUCCUUCAUGCCUGUGACCCUUUCCAAGCUGAAUGGGCCAUGCAGUUGUGGUGCCAACCUCAUAGAGAGGACCAUGGUGGCUGCAGGACCAGCAUUCCCCUCCGAGGGCCUCCCCCAUCUGACUGAGAGCAAGCAGGAUCCGUCAUUGGCUGGGUUGGGGCUGUGGGCCACAGAGGUCGGGCAGUGGGAAAUGGCAAUUCCCCAACACAGGAGAGCAGUCGAGGAAAGCUGCUCUACACACGCAGAAGAGCCCUUGUGCUUCAAACGCCUGAGGUCGGGACGGGCUUCUAGCAGCAAAAGGGAUACUAAGCAAGUGGUCCUUCCUCUUUCUGCUCUCCUCCCUUUCCAUUAGUAGCCCUUGAUGCAAUGAGGCAGUUGGCACCAUCAAUGUAUGCCAAGGUCUCCUUCCCACCUUGGAAGGAAGUAGUUCAGCUCUUGGUUUCCUGAGAAAUAGUGGGCUUCUCUCUAGCUCUUACGCUAUGUUCUUCACCGGAUGUAUUGUACUUACGGCUGUAUAUUGCUUGUUGGUCUUUGGCCUUUAGCUUAUCUCUAUUAAAAGCUUUAUAACAUC